CGCACCCACACCGACUGUGUUUUUCCUUCGUGCGCGCACAGUAACUUAGUCAGCUGCAGCAGGAGGAACGUGCGCGUCCGCAUGAGAACGGGAGAAGCACCGGAGAGCUGCCGGUGGAGGCUCCGGAGGAAGCUGCGCUCAACUUAACGGAAAAUAAUUAUUUUGAAAUCAAUUCCUCACAUGCACUUGGAGUCUGCGCGCGCUCCCGGUGCGCGUGAUAGCGUCGUCAGCUGUUGUGGUGAAACGUGCGCAGUGAUUCUCUGUGGUUCAAACGUCGCUCCGAGCCUCAGGAGCUUUGCGGUGUUUGUGGCACAGUGUGCGCAUCGCUCCGGAUCGACCGGACCCCGUGACGCAGCUUCUCCGCGGAAUCAGCGCAGGUCUGCCCCGCACAGCGCAGCAGCAGCGGCGGGGACGGGAGGACACUGACGGGAGGACACUGACGGGACACACACGAUCUGCUCCUCGGUCGAAAACAACCUGACCCGGGUGGACUCGGACAGAAGACAGUCAUUGUCCCCAGACCCUGAACAACUCCAGUAACUUUCGCUGCGUGUCUCCCUCUCUCCGGUGGAACCUCCGCAGGAUCUCCAUGACGCGACGCACCGGGUGAUUAUUGUACUUUGGCCGGAGGGAUUUUGCGCGGCGGACACCGGGGCAUCAUGUGGACGCCGACGGAGGACGAGAAGAUCGGAGUGGUGAUCUGCGGCUUCCGCGGCUCGGUGACUCAGGGUUUGGCUCUGGAGGUUGGAGAGACGGUUCAGAUUCUGGAGAAAUGUGAAGGAUGGUUCAGAGGAUUUUCUACGAGGAAGCCAAAUGUCAAGGGAGUUUUUCCAGCCAACUACAUUCACUUGAAGAAAGCUAUCGUCACCAAUCGAGGGCCUCAUGAGACCGUGGUGCCUCUGGAGGACCCCAUCGUUACCGAGGUGACGUCCACGCUGCAGGAAUGGGCCUUACUGUGGAAACAGCUCUAUGUGAAACACAAGGUGGAUCUGUUCUACAAGGUUCGUCACGUGAUGAUGGAGCUGAUCGACCUGAGGAGGCAGCUGCUGUCCGGUCACCUGACGCAGGACCAGAGCCGGGACGUCAAACGCCACAUCACCGUCAGACUGGACUGGGGCAACGAACACAUGGGUCUGGACCUGGUGCCGAGGAAGGAGUUUGAGAUGGUGGACGAGGAGCAGAUAAGCGUCUCAGAUCUUUAUAAAAUGCAUCUGUCCAGCAGACACAGUGUCCAGCAGAGCACCACACAGGGCGACGGUACACGGAGACACGGCGACCCGGGCAGAGUUCCGGUACCGCACCACCUACUGGUCAACCUGAAGAGCUUCACCUACAACAGCAUCGGGGAGGACACGGACAUCUUCUUCUCUCUGUACGACCUGAGAGAGGGGAAGACCAUCAGUGAGAAGUUCAUGGUGAGACUGAACAAGAACGGAGGCCCGAAGAAUCCAGAGAAGGUGGAGAGGCUGUGUGCGCUCUUCACGGAUCUGAGCAACAAAGACAUGAAGAGAGAUCUGUACAUCGUGUCACAAGUCAUCAGAACAGGUCGCAUGUUGCUGAACGACAGUAAGAAAGGUCCGCCACACGUUCAAUACCGGCGGCCGUACGGAUGUGCCGUCCUGGCCAUGAGCGACGUCCUGCAGACCAUCUCUGAGCUGAAGGAGGAGAAAGACUUUGUCCUGAAAGUGUACACGUGUAACAAUGAGAACGAAUGGUACCAGAUCCAUGAGAACAUCAUCCGCAAGUCCAGCACCAAAUACACAGCUCCCAGCACCAACUAUGGCCUCAUCAUCUCUCUGCAGCUGCUGAGAGGCGACAUGGAGCAGGUCCGCAGGGAGAACCCUCUCAUUUUCAGCAGAGGCGUGGCCAUCACACGCAAACUGGGAUUCCCAGAUGUCAUCAUGCCGGGUGACAUCCGUAACGACCUGUACCUGACGCUGGAGCGAGGGGAUUUCGAGAGAGGAGGGAAGAGCGUCCAGAAGAACAUUGAAGUCACCAUCUUUGUGCUUUAUGCCGAUGGAGAGAUCCUCAAGGACUGUAUCAGUGUAGGUUCAGGGGAGCCCAACCUGCCCGAGCAUCGCUCCUUCGUGCUGUACCACAACAACAGCCCCCGCUGGAGUGAAGUCAUCAAACUACCGAUUCCCAUCGACCGUUUCAGAGGGUCCCACAUACGCUUCGAGUUCAGACACUGCUCCACUAAAGACAAAGGAGAGAAGAAGCUGUUUGGUUUUGCCUUCACUCCUCUGAUGAGGGAGGAUGGAACCACUCUUUCAGACGAGAGCCACGAACUCUACGUUUACAAGUGUGAUGAGAACACCACGUUCAGUAACCACGCCCUCUACCUGGGCCUGCCCUGCUGUAAAGAAGACUUCAACAGCUGCCCCAGCAUCCCCUCCAGCCUCAUCUUCCAGCGCAGCACCAAGGAGACCUUCUGGAUCUCCACCCAGCUCUCCUCCACCAAGCUCACUCAGAACGUCGACCUCCUGGCUCUGCUCAAGUGGAAGGCUCAUCCGGACCGGGUCAUGGACAUCCUCGGCCGGCUCCGACACGUCAGUGGAGAGGAGAUAGUGAAGUUUCUACAAGACAUUCUGGACACGUUGUUCUCCAUCUUAGACGACAACACAGACAAGUAUGGACCACUGGUAUUCCAGUCACUGGUGUUCAUCAUCAACCUGCUCAGGGACAGUAAAUACUAUCACUUCAGACCUGUGAUGGACACGUACAUUCAGAAACACUUUGCUGGAGCUCUGGCCUACAAGGAGCUGAUCCGCUGUUUGAAGUGGUACAUGGAUCGCUCUGCAGAGGUGGUCAGACAGGACCACAUCCAGGAAGCCAUGAGGGCUCUGGAGUAUCUGUUCAAGUUCAUCGUUCAGUCCAGGAUCCUUUACUCUCGAGCCACAUGUGGGAUGGAGGAGGAGCAGUUUCGCACCAGCAUCCAGGAACUGUUCCAGUCCAUCCGCUUCGUCCUCAGCCUGGACAGCCGCAACUCCGAGACCCUCAUCUUCACACAGGCCGCUCUGCUCAACUCGUUCCCGGCCAUCUUUGACGAGCUGCUGCAGAUGUUCACGGUGCAGGAGGUGGCGGAGUUUGUGCGCGGCACUCUGGGCAGCAUGCCGUCCACCGUGCACAUCGGACAGUCCAUGGACGUGGUCAAACUGCAGUCCAUCGCCCGCACUGUGGACAGCCGGCUCUUCUCAUUCCCAGAGUCUCGAAGGAUCCUGCUGCCUGUGGUCCUACAUCACAUCCAUCUGCACCUGAGGCAGCAGAAAGAGCUGCUCAUCUGCUCUGGAAUACUCAGCUCUAUAUUCUCUAUAAUCAAGACCAGCUCACUGGACACGUCAGUGCAGGAGGAGGUGGAGAUGAUGGUGGAGUCUCUGCUGGACGUCCUCCUGCAGAGCCUACUGUCAAUCAUGAGCAAGAGCCAAUCGCAGGAGGCGGUAAGGGGUCAACGCUGUCCGCAGUGCACCGCGGAGAUCACUGGAGAGUACGUGUCCUGCCUCCUGUCCCUCCUCCGCCAGAUGACCGACAUCCACUUCCAGCGCCUGAUGGAAAACUUCCAGAGCAAAGAGGAGCUGAAGGAAUUCUUGCUGAAGAUUCUGUGUGUGUUCAGAAACCUGAUGAAGCUCAGUAUCUUCCCUCGUGACUGGAACAUCAUGAGACUCCUCACCAGCAACAUCAUCCUGACCACGGCUCAGUAUUUGUCACCUGCUCUGCACAAGAACUUCACCGAAGCAGAAUUUGAUUUUAAGGUGUGGAACUCCUACUUCAGUUUGGCCGUACUCUACAUCAACCAGCCCAGUUUGCAGCUGGAGAACCUGAGUCCUGCGAAGAGGAAAAAGGUUUUAGACAAGUACGGUGACAUGAGGGUGAUGAUGACCUACGAGCUGUUCAGCAUGUGGCAGAACCUGGGUGAGAAUAAGAUCCAUUUCAUCCCCGGUAUGAUCGGCCCGUUCCUGGGAGUGACGCUGGUCCCUCAGGUGGAGGUGAGGAACAUCAUGAUUCCCAUCUUCCACGACAUGAUGGACUGGGAGCAACGCAAGAAUGGAAACUUCAAGCAGGUGGAGGCUGAACUGAUCGAUAAACUGGACAGUUUGGUUUCUGAAGGGAAAGGAGACGAGAACUACAGAGAACUCUUCAGUUUGCUAACCCAGCUGUUUGGGCCCUACCCCAGUCUGUUGGAGAAGAUCGAGCAGGAGACGUGGAGAGAGACGGGCGUUUCCUUCGUUACGUCCGUCACACGGCUGAUGGAGCGACUGCUGGACUACAGGGACUGUAUGAAGGGAGACGAGACGGAGAACAAGAAGAUCGGCUGCACCGUCAACCUGCUGAACUUCUACAAGUCAGAGAUCAACAAGGAGGAGAUGUACAUCCGCUACAUCCACAAGCUGUGUGAUAUGCAUCUACAGGCUGAGAACUACACAGAGGCUGCGUUCACUCUGCUGUUGUACUGGGAGCUGCUGCACUGGGACGAGCGUCCGCUGAAAGAGUUCCUGCAUUAUUCUGCUCAGACCGAGUGGCACCGCAAGGAGGCGCUCUGCCGCAAGGUCAUCCACUACUUCAACAAGGGAAAGUGCUGGGAGUAUGGGAUCCCUCUUUGCAGGGAGCUGGCCUUCCAGUAUGAAUCUCUGUACGACUACCAGAGUCUGAGCUGGAUACGGAAAAUGGAGGCGGCGUAUUAUGACAACAUUAUGGAGCAGCAGCGUCUGGAGCCAGAGUUCUUCAGGGUGGGAUUCUACGGCAGGAAGUUCCCCUUCUUCCUCAGAAACAAAGAGUUUGUGUGUCGUGGUCAUGACUACGAAAGGUUAGAGGCCUUCCAGCAAAGGAUGCUGGGAGAAUUCCCACAAGCCAUUGCGAUGCAGCAUCCCAAUCAGCCGGAUGAGGCGAUUCUGCAGUGCGACGCCCAGUACCUCCAGAUCUACGCCGUGACACCGGUGCCAGACGGCGUCACCGUGCUGCAAAUGGACCGAGUACCGGACCGCAUCAAGAGCUUCUACCGGGUCAACAACGUUCGGCGUUUCCGUUACGACCGGCCGUUCCACAAAGGAUCCAAAGACCGAGACAACGAGUUCAAGAGUCUCUGGAUCGAGAGGACCACCCUGAUCCUCACGCACCCUCUGCCUGGAAUCUCUCGCUGGUUUGAGGUGGAGAAGCGAGAGCUGGUGGAGGUGAGUCCGUUGGAAAACGCCGUCUCUGUGGUGGAGAACAAGAACCAGGAGCUGCGGACUCUGAUCAGUCAGUACCAGCACAAGCAGCUGCACGGCAACAUCAACCUGCUCAGCAUGACCCUGAACGGAGUCAUCGACGCUGCCGUCAACGGAGGCAUCGCCAGAUACCAAGAGGCUUUCUUUGAUAAGGAAUACAUCACCAGCCACCCUGAGGACACGGAGAAGAUCACGCAGCUCAAAGACCUGAUGCAGGAGCAGGUUCACAUCCUCGGAGUCGGCCUGGCGGUGCACGAGAAGCUGGUGCACCCAGAGAUGCGGCCGCUGCACAAGAAGCUGAUCGAUCAGUUCCAGAUGAUGAGGAGCAGCCUCUGCCACGGUCUUCCUGGUUUGGACAAGGCCGUGUCAGGAGCCAACACUCCCAGAGGGAUCCUGGCCUCACACAGCCCCCUGAGCCCCGAGAGCUUCAAACUCAUGCACCGGCACAGCCCCAUAGCUGUUUUGACUCCAGUGCGCAACUCCUCCUCCUCUCUCUCCUCCCACAACUCCAGUGAGAUGGGGAACGUUGGCAAUCUGCUGAUCCUGGCCGAUGGGAUGGUGGUGGAGCACCCAGAGGACUUCUACCGCAUGCAGGCAAGCCCCUCCUCCUCUAGCCUUAGCUCCACCCACUCUGCGCCCUCUCAGAUGAUACACUCCGCCCCCUCCACCAUCAGAGUCGGGUCUCCUUCUCUGCCGGACAAGUACAGACACAACAGAGAGAUGCUGAUGCUGCUGCCGCCGCACAGGGAGCGGCCGAGCAGCGCCAUGUACACCAACAUCACGGAGAACGGCCAGCCAGCGAACUUCCAGCGGGCGCUGUUCCAUCAGGUGAUUGGUCCGUGUAAACCCUGCAGCGACCCCAACCUCUCCGUGGCUGAGAAAGUGCUCACCACCCCCAGUAGUUGGAGUUUGGACAGUGGAAGCAGAGAUGCUCUCCCCUUCCUCUCUGCCCACGCUGGCACUGUCAUGGCACCUCCCGCCCCUCGCAACCUGCCUCACGGGCAACACCUGUCGAUGCACUUUGACGCUUUCCACCACCAGGUCAGCGACCUCCCUCCAGCUCUCCCCGCGCGCUCCUUAAGAAAGUCUCCCCUGCACCCUAUACCUGCCUCGCCCACCAGUCCACAGUCCAUCCUGGAUGGCAGUAACUCCACCUUAUCAGGCAGCGCCAGCUCUGGAGUCUCCUCCCUCAGUGAGAGCAACUUCGGCGGCCCCGCCUCCUCCUCCGACGCCCCGGCCAGCCGCACAGACACCCUGGAGUCCGUCCCCAGCAGCCAGGCCUGGACCACAGACCAGGAAGACCUGGACUCUCCGUACCAGCCCGUCAGGUACAGCGUCUCCGAGCCCGAGGUCCUGGACGGAGUGAAACUCCCGCCCUGCCGCAGCCAAUCCGCCCCAGGAGGCGUCACCCCGGCUCAGGGUUCCACCUCCACCGGCGCUCCACAACCACCGCAGCAGGACGGGCUGCCACACCCCCAACACCACUACUACCACCACUUCCACCCCCACUACAUCCCCCACCACCCGCCUCUCUACCAGCUCCACGAGCCUCCUCCCGCCCUGCCGCCCAAGCCCUACCUCCGAGAGGGGUGCAUCCCGGAAGAAGACGCCCAGUCUGCACCGCCUCCUGCACCACGGCCCAUGCCACGCAAGAUCUCCCAGCCCAUAAUCGCUGCGACCAAGGACGAGCAAGCUAAAGUGGCGUGGGAGCACGGCAUCAGCGAGGAGUGAGACGUCGACUGAUGAUUUGAGGAAACUUGUAGAACAAACAGAAUAGAAACUAUUUUCAGAGAGAAAGAAAAGAAGGAGAAAGACGUGAGAACCAAACUGAAACUGAGACGUGAGGGAACCGGUCCUGACCUUCUCCAGAAACCAGAACAAACACUGAAGGUCAAAGAUGUAACGUUAAAAUCAUCGGCUCCUCAGAAAGUCUGAAAGUCCUUCAACCACACGACCAUCCUCGUGUCAUCGAGCUCAGAAAUACUAAACAAUCAGACUUUCACUCUGACGUCAUCUACUCAAGUUUCUAAAAUCUGUCGCACCACAACGGUGUCAUUCAGGUUUUACAUGAAACAUUUCAAAGGGAUUUUAUCAGGUUGAUACCUCGUCACCGUGGUGACGCUCAGACGAGACGCACUUUAACAACAGAGCAUCAAAACAUAUAAGAAUUAUAGCCUCUGCAUAUUUUUAUAAAAGCAAAGAUCAGACAUAUGAAAACAUAAAGAAAUUGUAAUAAUGACGGAACCUAAACGCUUAGUGUUUCCACCUGAACAACAACAACAAGCCCAACGAUAGGUUGAGGCUUUGUCUCCUUAAAUGAAAGACGUCAUUUCCUUCAGUCUCUUUUUCCCGAUACAAUAUAUUAACGAUGAUGACGUCCUGUCGGAGCUGAGAGGUUUUUAUAUUUUCCAAAAGAAGCAUCAAAGUGUGUAGAUACAUGUAAAACAGUAUAUAAAAGUAUAUGAAUAAUAAUUUAUAUUUAAUCCUUUUGAUUGAAGGUGAAAUAUGCAAGUUAAAUGGCUUCCAGAGUCGUUUAGUAGCUGCUCGGCGAUGAUUCAUGACGUGCACCUGUUCAGAAGACUCACACACAAACGACGGCAGGUUUCACUGUUGCAGCUCCUGAAAACGUUGCGUGCAGCAAAGAGAAGGUGAAGAAAUCAUUUAAUUUAAGGUUGUGACGUCAGAAAAGGACUUUUUUUUUUUUUAGCUGACGAUGUAAAUGUGUGCAAACGAUCAGGUUGAUGACAUUUAUAGAGAAUAUUGACUCUGAGAAAUAUACACUUUUUGCCAGUUUUUAUGAAAUGAAUGACUGUACAUUUUUAACCUAAAUACAGUUUUUUUAUGCAUGUUUAUUCAAUGGAAGAUCGAACAGAGAGUGAGUGAAUACACAGAGGUGGAGGGGCGCUGUGCACUGACGUCUAGUUCUGGAAACCUUCAAAUCACCAGGAUAUUAAAUGGCUGUGAUGAAGUGUAAAAAUACUGUGAAGGAUGAUGCGUUGUUUGCUUUUGUUUUAAAAAUGUAAAACCUUUUUUCCACAAGCUCAGAUCGUCAAACCACUUCUCUGCUUUUCCUUUGAAAUUGAAAAACCAAUUGAGCCGUGUGCAGCUGAUCGCUCGACGUCGACUCUUUGGUUCUGUCACAGACAUUCGGUCUUCUCAUGUUCUCACUUCAACGGGAAGGAACGAGGACCUGUUCACCUCAUGUAGCCGAGUACAGAAAAUACACAGAGCAGGAGAAGGAAACACAAAUAGGAAACAGUCGAAUUUACAGAAGUAAAAGCCUCAGGGAUAAAAACUGAAAAUAUCAUUUAAUUUAAAAACAAAUUCAUCAAUUACCACAAGAACAACUGGAGGUAAAAUAAGGGGAAAUCUAAAUGUUUAACUGCCCUAAAGAUCGAAGUGAGUUGUGUCUGUUCUUCCAUGUUGCCGGUGGAAACAGUGAAAACAGUAACAACUGUCGUUAACUGCAGAGAGUUCAGCAACAGUCCACAUUUAAAAACUGCAGUGACACAUAAACACAAAGUUUUUAUUUAUCACUUUAGUCUUCAGGAUAUUUUAUAUUGAGAAGCUUGUCAAUUUUCCUUCAGAUCAAUAAAGUCUUAUCUUAACAAGUAAUAAACCUUUUUCUCGUAACCUUUUUGUAUAGUUUUUCUAUAAUUAAUGAUAAUCUGAUUUUACUUGUAAAUGUGGAGCUAUAAAAAAGUGCAGAAAUCCUUCAUUUGAAUUGAUGGUGACUCAGCAGAGCUCACGUCUCCACCCGGCCCAACAGGCCCCUGAGGAAACCACAGUUAAAUCCACGAGAUCCUGAUGAUCACACACACUCAUAAAUAUCAGUCCUGUAAACAUCUGAUGGUUUUCAUCAAGAUCCGUGAAUUAUUCUCUGAGAAAACAACGGAAAUAUUGAAAAAGGUCCUAGCUCAGUAUGAUCCGCCCCCUGAUCCAGACCUGCACCAAAACUCAGUGAGUUCUUCUCUGACUCCUCCUCCCACCAGGUUUUGUCGUAAUUUGUCCGGUAGUUUUUGCGUAAUCUUGGUCAUAAACAAUCGAACAGGGGGUGAAAACAUAACCUCCUCUGUGGGGGUUAAUAUUCCGGCCUAAGAUUAAAGUUUCAGCUUCUGCAUUGAGGAUAAACUAUGCAAAGGCCCCUUUAAAAUAUGGAACCGUUUCUUUAUGCGCUGAAGUUGUAGAACGGUUUGUUUCAACAUUCACAGACAGUCUGGAUUUUGUGAGCCGGUGUUUCCACAGAACAGUUUUAUACGUGCGAGUGGACUUCGGUGCAGGGACGAGGCUGGUUGAUGUAAAUAUACACAGAGUAUUUAUACCGAUCAUAAAGGGCAAACAUUGUAAACAUGUAGACUGUCAGUGUCUUGUACUUUCUGAUGUAAAACUGUUUUUAAACUUAGACAACAGCAAAACAUACAAGUUCCUUUUCUCUAAUUCUUAUGAUUAUUUCAGGGCAGCUGAGGAAGGUUUAUUACUUUGUGUGUUUUGCAUCAAUGACAAAUCCAGAUAGUUGCUACGAUAGAAUCCCUUUGUACGAUGAUGCUGAGGAGUAUUUCUUGUAUAUAAAAGUCUUUAUUGUGUUAGCAUGGUACUGAACUGUGAACGUGUACGAUGUAGAUGUAAAUACUGUUUUCUUUCCUCCUCACUAACCAAACUGAUGUGUUGUGGACUCAUGAUUGACGAACAUUAAACUGUGUUUCAUUGACUCGG